AUGAAAGAUUAUUCAAAGUCACUUGAUUACUUUCAAAAAUGCCUCACAAUAUAUCAACAAACAUUACCAGAAAGACAUCCCAAUCAAGCUAUCACAUACAGUAAUAUUGGUGAUAUUCAUCGUUUAAUAGGUGAUUAUGAGAAGGCAAUUGAAUUUCAUCGAAAAGCAUUAAAUAUUCAAGAAAAUGUUCAAUGUAAUCCUUUGGAUUGUGCAACGACAUAUAUAAAUUUAGGUGAAACAUAUCGUCAAAUGAAAGAUUAUACAACGGCAUUGACAUAUUAUGAAAAAGGAUUAGAAAUACGUGAAAAUAAACUACCAAAAAAUCAUCCUGAUUUAGCUGUUGUAUAUCAUAAUUUGUCAAAAUUAUAUUUAUCUACUCGACAAUAUAAUAUGGCAAUGAAAAAUGUUCAACAAGCCGUAGAAAUUGCUCAAGAAAAAUUACCUUCAAAUCAUCCUCAUGUUUUGGAAUAUAAAGAAACAUUUGAAAAAAUUCGAAAGAAAAUGUAA